CUGCGCUCAACUCGUGACUUUCUCCCGCUGCGUCGUCGUUUCCGUCUCUUGCUCGAGGCUGAAGGUCCACGCACGCUGACACAUUUCAUGAUAGCGUCGCAUCUCAAGGCUUUUGAUAGGAAACCGGAGAAACGGCAGAACAAGCACAUGAAUGCUGAGGAGCUGAAGUGAAAUGCUGUAAAAUUACACAAGAUGAAGGAAAUGUAGUCAGUGUUCUUCCGCUUAUCAGGAGUCGGGUCACGAAGCUAGCGGUUUUAAAAGGGAAGCCCAGACUUCCCUCUCCACAGACAGCUACUUUGUCCAGCUCUUGCUGGGGGAUCCAGAGUCAUUCCGAGGCCAGCCGGGUGUCUCUCCAGCUUGUGCUGGGUGGUCCCUGUGGCCACACCCGGUGGGAUGUACCUGGAACACUUCACCAGGAAAGAGUCCAGAAUGCAUCCUAACCAGGUGCCGGAACCACGGGCUUCUCUCGAUGCAGAGGAGCAGAAGCCCAAGGGAAGAAGUAGGACACGCUGCAGAGGCACCAUAUCUACAAUAUCUCCCGGUUGGACACUUCAGAAUGCCCCUGGAAGAGGUGAUCCCCGCUUUCCAGGUGAGUCUGAGUGAUGCCGGCCAGAUCGUGGCGACCCUGGAGACUUCCGACCUUCGGGAGAACAUCUCCGCGUACGCGGCGCAGAUCUCCGGGGAGCCUCGGCCCGUCGUGAUCCGGUUCGGGGGGGCUGGCGAGCCCCUGCUGUUCAACGCCACCUUCCACGGCCUGUGCUACAGCGUGGGCCUGCUGCUUCAACGAGGAACGCUGUGGUCCGGACCCGUCAAGACCGUGUCCAUCCUCACCAGGCCGCUUCCUGUGAGCAGAGUGCAGAUUUCCGACUACAAAGAUUCUCCAGAGACCGGCGUGGUGUUUGACAUUGACACACCGACCGGAAACAUUUUCAGCAGAGUCAACAUCAGCUACAGCGAAGGAAGCGAGAGGCGCUCCAUGCUCUACAAAGAUUUCUACAAGGGGAAGACAGUGUUUAAGCACUGGCUACCGGGGAUGUGCUACCGCAACAUCACCUUCCAGCCAAUCUCGGAGGCCAGCGCCUACCAGAUGGCCAUGAGGACGCAGAGUGACAUCACCCACAUGCCUGUGCAUCACAGGAUGGUGCCGUAUCCCCCCCUUAACAUCUCAUGGAAGAUCGUGGAUUUGAGCCAAAGCCCGACACAGGAAAGCCAACGAGCCCACCGACAUUCCCGCGAUGCCCCACGGAUGGAAGAGGAGGCGGCGAAGCCCUCUGAGGAGCCACCGGCGGCCUCCAAUGAGGAACCGUCGCACAACCUGAGCUCCACCACCGAGACCACGGACGCCCAGAACCACCGGUUGGACUCCACCAACGAGACCUCCGCUGACAGGGAGGAUGAGUUUGUCAACGGCGAGUUGCACGAGUAUGAGGACUCCAACGACGCGGGGUCGGCGAUGGGUCUCCCCGCAGAGUCUUCGGUGCUGCCAACUAAGAUGCCACCCGUCCUGCUCGAGGUGCGCUGGCUGCCCCCCAGAGCGCCCACCAGCUACGACGGCUUCAACGUCUACGUUCGCAGAGAUGGUAACGCCACGCAAACAGCCAGCGUAGAUGAAAGCACUCACGAGUUCUUCACCGAGCUGACCGAGGCGGGAACGUACGACGUAAGAGUCACCGCGCUCAGCACGGCGGGAGACUGCGAGGCCAGAGAGAGCGCCGCAGACGCCGGGUUCACCUUCUACCUCAGUCCUGACGGUGAGCUUCUGGGUGAGCUGCGGCAGCGUCCGCGGGCCGUCACUGUGCGAUUGCUGGACUCCAGCACGGCCGCCGUGUCCUGGGCGCCGUCCUCGGAGCCCCACAACGGCAGCGUGGUGUCGGUGGUGUCCACCACCUGCCUGAAGCCCAGCCUGAGCCAGAGGAUGGAGAGCAACUACUGUGGCGAGGAAAACUCAACCAGCGACAUCAUCGGUAACCUGACGCCAGGGGCUCAGUACCGGGUGGUGAUCUAUCACACUAAUGGACCCCUGAUCAGUCCUCCCUCAGAACCGGUCAUCAUGGAUAUUGAGCCCACGGGCGUCCGAGAGCUAGCCGUGUACCCGCUGAGCCCCACGGCGGUCAUCUUGAGCUGGCAACGUCCGUACCACGUGGCCUUCCGCAAGUACGUUCUCCAGACCUUCUUCUUCAACCCGGUCACCUUGGGCUCCGAGUGGACCACCUACUACGAGAUCGCUGCCACCGCCUCUGUCAUCGCAUCAGUGAGGGUAACCGAUCUGCUGCCGGCUUGGUACUAUAACUUCCGCGUUACCAUGGUGACAUGGGGUGACCCGCCGCUCAGUUGCUGCGAUAGCUCCACCAUCAGCUUUGUGACAGCUCCGGAGGCGCCUCACAUCUCCUCAGUGGAUUACUCGCACGGCGUCCUCUACGUUCGCUGGACAUACGGCGAACUCUUCGUGGACCUGUCGCACUCCAGGAUCACGCACUGGCAGGUGGUGGCGGUCGGCAAGAAAGGUCCCGAGAGGAGCUACUCUGUGGAUGUAACUCGAAAUGUGAUGCGGGCCAGCCUGCCUCUGCCGCCCGGCGACAUCUACAACCUGACGGUGACUGCGUGCACUGAGCGCAACCGGAACACGUCCCUUCCCAGCAUCAUCAAACUGGAACCGGCUCCCCCCAGGUCCGUGUACGCCGUCAACGCCACGCACUCGUCGGUGACUCUGCUAUGGAGCGAGGACGGCGUAGUGGACCACUACCAGGUGCUCUGCAAACCCAGCUCGGGCGGGAAAGAGGGGAAGGUCCGAGAGCCUCAGCUGUCCAGCUCGCACGUGCUCACCGUUUCCGGCCUGGUGCCCUCGUCCAGCUACAACUGCAGCGUGGUCAGCUUCAGCUACAGCACGCCCAGCAAGCCCGCCCACGUCACCGUCACCACUGCUGCCAAAGAGAUGAACCCCAGCGUGGCCGCCAUCUCGGCCUUGGCCGUCCUGAGCGUCCUGCUGCUGGGCCUGCUGCUUCUCUUCCUGCUGCUUCUCCGCAAGAAGCACCUGCAGAUGAGCAGGGAGUGCGGCGCCGAGACCUUUGUCAAUUUUGCCUCGUUCGAAAGAGACGGGAAGCUGCCUUACAAUUGGCGAAGAAGCCUCUUUGCCUUCCUUACCCUACUGCCAUCCUGCCUUUGGACUGACUAUCUUUUGGCUUUUUAUAUUAAUCCCUGGGGCAAGACCGCCUUAAAGAAGCGCAAGCUGACAAGCCCCGUGCAGCUGGACGACUUUGACGCCUACUUCAAGGAGAUGAGCAAAGACUCGGCCUACAAGUUCUCUCUGCAGUUUGAGGAGCUGAAGAGCGUGGGACUGGACCUUUCCCACGAUGCGGCCGACAUGCCAAUCAACAGGCCCAAGAACCGAUACACCAACAUCCUGCCCUACGACUUCAGCCGCGUGCGGCUGAUCUCCAUGCACGACGACGAAGGCGCCGACUACAUCAACGCCAACUACAUUCCUGGCUACAAACAUCCCAAAGAGUACAUCGCCACUCAAGGUCCGCUGCCGGAGACCCGCAACGACUUCUGGAAGAUGGUCCUCCAGCAGAAGUCUCCCAUCGUGGUCAUGCUGACGCAGUGCAACGAGCGGCGAAGGGUCAAGUGCGAUCACUACUGGCCGUUCAGCGACGAGCCCGUCACGUACGGCGAAAUCAGCGUGGAGAUGCUCUCGGAAAACGAGUCGCCCGAGUGGACCAUCAGGAAGUUCAGGCUGGGAUACGCGGACGAGACCCGGGACAUCCUCCACCUGAACUACACGUCGUGGCCAGACCACGGCGUUCCCACGGUAAACGCCAUCGAGAGCAUCCUGCAGUUCGUCCAUAUCGUGCGGCAGCAAGCCAACAGGACCAAGGACCCCAUCGUGGUCCACUGCAGCGCGGGCGUAGGCCGAACAGGCACCUUCAUGGCUCUGGACCGUCUGAUGCAGCACAUCCGGGAGCACGGGUUCGCCGACAUCUUGGGAAUGGUGUCGGAGAUGCGCUCGCACCGCCUGUCCAUGGUCCAGACGGAGGAGCAGUACAUCUUCAUCCACCAGUGCGUCCUGCUCAUGUGGCAGAAGAAGAAGCAGCAGCAGCAGUCGCUCGCCUCAGACGUCAUCUACGAGAACGCCGGCAAGACAUAAUGACCCACCGCGUGCUUCCGCACGUGACUGAGCUUUGAACGUGCCUCCCAUGCUUCAUCGUCAUCUUCAAACACAGAGAGAGCUUCACGGAGGAUGGAGUUCUGCUAUAAGGAGCCGUCACAAGCGCGCUGAUUGGUGGAUUACACGGCAGGGGCGGCGUCCUUGGGGGCGGACAUGCCAAUGGAGGACAUUUUGUUUUGUUGUUUUGUUCCAUUCCGGAGAAGCUUCACCAAGAACCCAGGCAAAAGAGGAGGCAUGCCAACUCAAAGUAGCCAGCAAGCAGUGUGAAAGAAACAAGAUGUGCAACUUCUCGCUGCUUCAUGGUCAAAGGGAACUGAAGGAAGAAAUGUUGAAAAAGAAUCUUCUUCACCUUUGUGAGCCUCCAACACAACCCGACUUCUUUUUCCAGGUCUCUUUUUUUUUUCUCCUGUAUUUCGCUUUUUGGAUCACCCUUCUCCAAUUUGAAGGCUCAUUCCCUUUGAAGUUUUGGCAAAGGUUUUCCGGACUGAUGCCCGUUUGUGACACCAAGCCUCCCAAUUUGUCCGGGCUUGGAACAAAUUCAGAGUUUGAGCUGGUUUGCUCCCCGGCACAGAGGUUAGGGUCUCCAACACAACCUGAGUGCUUAUUUUAUUUCCACACUCAAGUAUCUUUGAAAAUAUCAAAUCAAAUUUGUUUUGCUCAUUUUCCCAUCUUUUUUUCCUCAACAAAUGACUUGUAGAAGACCAAGAGGACUUUUGAAAGACCGCGGCCCGCCUUAGUCGACAGAAUUCAGGAUGUACGAGCCCAUCGGAAUAAGAACUUCAGCUAGAAAAACAGUAUUGAUGAGCAAGCAUCUGUCAAUGUGCAUUAAUGACGUUGUUCCAUUGCGCUUAUUUGAAUACGUAAAGACGUACAGGAGUCUUUACGAGAACGUUUGAAGUCAUUGUGCACUCAGUCGGGGUCGCUUGAGGUUCUGCCGCCAUGAGUUGUAUAUUGUGUAACUACUGUUUUUACUUGUCAUUACCGUAAGAGACACUUUUUUUUUUUUUUUUUUUUUUUUUUUUAAAUGUUUUUAUGUGGACCAGGGGUGGGCAAAGUAUGGGCUGCAGGCCAUGUAGGGUGCAUAACCUUUUUCAAUCUCACCCACUGAACAGGUAGAUUAGCAAGCAUCCUGGAAUAUUUGUUGCGUUGCAAUUUAGCCAUUCUUUUCAAUUAAAUUUUUUUUUUUGCUUAUUCGUCUUUUUAAAUGGGUUAAUUAUAAAUAAAUAUAUUCGUAAAAGUACAAAAAUAUACACAUUUAACGAUUUGAUUGGAUGAUGAAUUAAUUGUAAUGAAAUAUAAACUGGGGAACAGAAAAAAAAAUUAUGUUGUUAGAUUUUUAUGAUGAUUAAAACUAAAAUUGGCUUGCUGAUUCUAAAAUUUCAGUUUUUUCCCCGAGCACGUCAAGUUUUUUCCUCCAGAUAAGCAAAAUUCCACUGCGUGCGCAGCUCCCGAUCGGUCAGUCCGAUCAGUAUCAGCAAACAGAAAGCUAGCACAGUAGGAAUUAAGAGGAUUUGUGCUGGCUUUACUCUUAACCUUGUAACCAUACCGUCGUAAAUUCUACUUCGCUUUAUGCUGGGUUUUUUUUUGUUUUCAAAGCUUGGAACUAUCCCAUCUUUUAUUUACAUAGAUAUAUAUUUCCUUUGUUCCACUUUGUUCAAAAACUUGACAUGGAGAAAAACUGAGAUCAGUUUUGGAUUCUGCACCCAAAAAUUAGUUAAAAACGGUUGUCAGACCUAAUUCAACAAAAAUUGUGUUCCCAAAUGAUCAAUAACACAAAGUAGUUUACUAAAAUCCACUUUAAAUUAUUUUUUACAAAUAAAAUGUGCUGCAUAGGUACAUUAAACAAUUCUACAUACACUUAAAAAACGUUUCUUACAUAAAGUCAUUGGUUAACCAACUAUAAAUCAAAAUGAGACUGAAUUAUUUUAUUGAUAUAAAAUUCUAAGGGCGGCACGGUGGAAGACUGGUUAGCACAUCUGCCUCACAUUUCUGAGGUUGCGGGUUUAAACCCGGUCUCACCUGUGUGGAGUUUGCAUGUUCUCCCCGUGCCUGUGUGGCUUUUUUCCGGGUACUCCGGUUUCCUCACACAUCCCAAAAACAGGCAUGCUAGGUUCAUUGAAGACUCUAAAUUCCCCAUAGGUGUGAAUGUGAGUUCGAAUGGUUGUUUGCUUCGAUGUGCCCUGCGUUUGGCUGGCGAGCAGUUCAGGGUGUACCCCGCCUCCUGCCCGAUGAUAGCGGGGAUAGGCUCCAGCAUACCUGCGACCCACGCGAGGAUAAGCAGUGUCGUAAAUGGAUAGAUGGAUAUAAUAUAAUUUUUUUUCCCCCCAUAACCUACAUAUUAUAUGUAAGAUAUUUGUUUUUUUAUUAUGGUUAUAUAUCAAAAUAUAUUUUACUCUACAUAAAAGGUUGAAUGUGUGUGUGUGUGUGUGUGUGUGUGUAUAUACACACACACACACACACACACACACACACACACACACACACACACACACACAAAAGUUACAUUUAACAUUUGACCAAAUUUUUAAAUGUUACAUGCAUAUGUUUUGCGUUUAUUACCAUUUUCUGUUAAUCAUAAUAAAUUCGAAAUACAAUUUCAAAAUGAGAAUAAAUAGGAUUUGAUGAAAAAAAUUUUACUUUUCAGUUUUAAUUUGACCAGUUUGAAAAAUCAAACACCGCCCUUGAGCCAAAAUGUUUGCCCACCCCUGACGUAGACGUUUAUUUUGUGAGCCGUGUCGCUCAAAACGCACUUUGCUACGACUGAAGCUCAGCACGCUCCACUAGUGUUGUCAUUGGUGCCAUUCUUGUGAUUGCGUCACUUUCAAGGACCAUUCAAACUGUGUGUGUGUGUGUGUGUGUGUGUGUGUACACGAGGGAGUGAAAAUAAAAUCAAAUGUUCUUCAUCUGAUUAUGUAUCAUGUAGAUUGUUAUCCGGCCAUGGUAAGCCACAAAAAUUGAG